AUAAAAGUGAAAGUAAAAACGCAGAAGAUGAGAAAUUGCGCCUUUUACAAGUAUUUAUGACUUGAGCCGCAAGCAAACUGGGAAAUCAUGAGUAAAAGUCGUGCACCUUAUGUUUAUUUAUUCUUUAUAUUAUUAGAUUGGAUUAUUUUUGUUUUUAUCUAAUCAACAAUAAUACAUUAUUUAUGUCCCGUGCCAUGUCUAAUUUUGCCCUUAAAAUGCUCAAUCUUUAUUAUUUAAUUAAAAAGACUGUUGUUGCUGAGCCACUUUCUUUUUUUUAUCUACCCAUAAACGCUUUUUUUUAAUGAUUAAGUUUUGCACAUCCCAAUAUCAAGAUUUUAUUCAUGCUACCUUAUUGACGUUCAGUAGUUUCUUAUGAAUAUAAAAACCAAAAGGUGCCAUUAGGCACUCAUUGUAAGUUUUAAACAUAGCCUUUGUAAAAAAAAAACAACAACAACAUAAUAAUAAUAAUAAUAAAACCCCUCAAAAACAGCAUUCAAAUAAUUAGUUAUAAUAAUAAGGUUAUAAUAAUAAGUAUUGUGUUGAAUGCAUAAAAUAGUUUUAAGUGAUUAAGUACUGAAUUUUCAAGAACGUGACACCACAAAUUUAUCUGGCACAGCAGAUGAUGUUUUGUUUUGAAUUUUACACAGGGCAAGUGUUAUUAUGGCAAAACAAUAAUUUAACGCGCCAUCUACAGGCAAUGUCGUGCUAGUGCAGGAACUUGUUUUCUCACAUUCUAGUCUAUUAAUACCCGGAGCUCCACCAUGUGUCAGGUCAACAAUAUCUUGUGACAGGCAGCUUCGUUUUUGAAGGAACUUGCGGUCGUUUUAUCAACAGCAGUAGCAAAUAUAUCGAGCGUUAAACAUACCAAAACAAAUGUUAUAAGCAAGUUGAUUAUUGAAUUACAGCCUGAACAGGAGGAACUUGAAGAACGUUCAAGGCAUACAGCUCUCUAAAUACAAGAACUCUUGUUGGGAUGUCCCGGGACACCUUUGCCUUCACUUCUGCCUCUCUGCGCUCCUUAAGGCUGGAGCAGGAGCUGCAGGACUGGGAGGACGCCAGGCGGGCACUGGCACACAGGAGGGCUAUGACGAGGCGUCCGCUACCUGCCGCCCCAAGACUCCGACAUGGAAAUGAGAGAAUCCAGACAGUACGUGCUCCACCACCCCAAAUACGGUGCAGAGACCCAGCCAUCCAUAACAUCUUCAUGUGUGGUGAUAUGAAGAGAGUGUAUGGCGUCCUUAAAGAUGCAGGCAUGGUGAAUGCACUGAUGGAGACUGUACAUGAGGAGAUGGUGUGGGCCCCAGAAAUGGGAAUGUGGACACUUAUCUCAAAAGUUAAGCAGACGUCUGCACUGCGUCUGGCUGCCAGCAGGGGGCACUCCGGCUGUGUCGAGGAGCUGCUGUUUAGGGGAGCAGAGGUGGAUGCAGACCCAGGCGGUCGUACAGCUUUACAUGAUGCGUGUUCAGGAGGCCAUCAUGUUUGUGUGCGCCUGCUCCUGGACCACGGGGCUGAUCCAGAUCUGCUUGCUGUCGACGGCAAUGCCCCAUUGCACCUCUGCAAUGCAGCAGAAACAUAUGAGUGUGCUGAGCACUUGGUGACCAGUGGCGCGCUGGUAAACGUGGCCCAGCGAGACUCAGCUCUCACCCCCCUUCACGUGGCCUGCAGGAGGGGGCUGGAGAACCACGUGGAGCUCUUCCUGUCGUAUGGCGGGGACGUGACAGCUCGGAGCCAAGAGGGCGAGACGCCCUUGAACGCAGCCUGCGCUGGGGCGGAGAGGCCUGCAGAUGCAGGACGAUAUCUUCGGAUUGUCCAGAAUCUAUUAGCGUCCGGAGCUGAUGCACAGACGGCUGGGAGAAAGAAACAUACGGCGCUGCAUAAUGCCUGUGGAAACUGUUGCCCCCGCAUAGUUAAACUGCUGCUGGAACAUGGUGCUCAUGCACACGUAGCUAACUGUGCUGGAUACACACCCAUGGACUGCCUGUUACAGGUAAUAGAGGAUUACCCAGACCAGCAACCAGAGGUUGUGGCUCAGUCUCUUCUUAACUAUGGAGCACAGCCGCCCUCCCCUAGAAUGCUGAAACUCUGUUUGCCCUCUCCUGCCACUUUGGAGGUAAUGCUGAAUUGCUAUCCGGUCAUCCCAGCGUGUGAGGAAUGGUUAGAGGACAUACCAGAGGAACUACUGAAGGAGCAUCAGUCUUUCUUCGAUGCAGUCAGACGGAUGAGCGGUCAGCUGCGCUCUCUUCAGCACCUCUCUCGCUGUGCGCUCCGCCGCCACCUGGGGUCACUGUGUCACUUCGCAAUAGUCCAGCUCAACAUCCCCAGCACUUUAAAAGAUUAUCUACUGCUGCAUAAUGACGGACUGCUCCGUUGAGCUCCAUUUUUAGACACACAAAAAAUAGCUGGCUGGAAACAAUGGGCUGGACUGAAUCACACUGUCUGUGAUGCCUCUUGACAGUGGGUGGAUUAUGGCCCCGGGCCAAAUGGGGCAGUGCCCUGGGGACUUUGACUGUCAGAGGCCUUGAACUGAGAGGACCACAGUGGCCUAACAGACAGACAUAAGGCACUGCAAAUCUAAUAUUAAUAUUGAUAGAUGUAUAGUGCUUUAAUAUGUGUCAGUUGCGGUUCUCACAAUAUGAAAUAAACAAAGAAAUGAAAAUAAGAUUGUCCCAGGCACCUCCUUGGCACUAACUGAAUGUAUUAUUGCAUUUUAUGUAUGUAUUACUUUGUAUACAGAUAUACACUAUGACUAUUACAAUGUAAUUUCUUUAUUUCUCACAGUUGCUUGUUUAUUUUAUUAUUAUUAUAACAUUUUCAAAAUUAGGAUACUAACAUAUUAUAUUAUAGAUCUACAUUAAUCUGAUUUUUGUAAACCAACAAGUUUGCAAAACAGAAGUUACAUUUGCCAAUAAAUGAAUAAAUGUCUCAGGUGUAAUUUAGAGAUAAAAUAUUUUAAAUUGUAAUUUAUUCCUGUGAUCAAAGCUAUAUUUUCAGCAUCAUUACUCCAGUCUUCAGUGUCGCAUGAUACUUAAGAAAUCAUUCUAAUAUGCUGAUUUAAAGUGAUUAUAAAGACAUGUAUAAUGCUUCUGUUUCAGAUUUAUAAAUGCUUUCUAUUCCUAAAAAAACCUGGAAAAAAUCCACUCAGCUGUUUUCAAUAUAAUAAUAAUAAUAACUGUUUUUUGAGCAUCAUUUAGGAAUAUUAGAAUUAUUUCUGAACGAUCAUGUGACUGGAGUAAUGAUUCUAAAUAUUCAGCUUUAAAAUAACAGGCAUAAAUUACAUUUUAAAAUAUAUCCAAAUAGAAAACAGGUAUUUUAAAUAGAAAAAAAAAUAUUUAAAAUUUUUUACUGUUUUUGCUGUACUUUAAAUCAAAUAAAAGCAGGCUUGGUGGCUUGGUGAGCA